AUGCAUCAACUCAACGGGUCCAAUCUGCUGCUCCUGUCGUCCAAGGAGAAGGAGCUUCCGCCUAUUCCUUCUCGUGCAUCCAGCACGGUUACCAGUGACACUACUCCCACUUUAGGUGACUCGUUGCUUCUGCCCAAGUCGCUUAACCGCAAGAAUAUCAAGAAACUCUCGUUUACCCCUACGCUUAAUUUGCCCGAUGAUGACGAGACUCUGGGCAAGUAUGAGCGGUUUCAUAAUAGUCAGCGGCAACAGAACCGCAAUAAAUUGCGGCCUGCGCCGCUUUUGAACCUUGGAAACGCCACCAAUUCACAAGCUACAGUGAUUGAUUCACUCAAGUCAUUGGAUCUCGAAGAUUCCAGCCUUUCUGGGACCGCAACAUCCAACCGCAGGCGUCAAACAGUGAUCAGCUCAAUAUCUCCCACCAAGUCAGUGUAUACGCCACUGCCGGGCGAGAACAAGACGAGGUCGGCGCUUUCAUCGCCGUUGCCUGUAACUCCAACAGCUUCGACGUCUUCCACGCUCAAUUUGAAGGAUGCAGACUUGGUCCAUCUUAAAGAUCUUGGUGCAGGCAACCUGGGCGUAGUACUGAAGGUUCUUCAUGUGCCAUCUCAGAAAACCAUGGCUCGAAAGGUAAUUCAUGUGGAUUCCAAGGUGGCUGUUCAAACACAAAUCAUUCGAGAACUUAGAAUUAUGCAUGAGUGCCAGCUGCCGUAUAUCAUCGAAUUUUACGGAGCUUUUGCCCGUAGCAACAACACUAUAGUUCUAUGCAUGGAAUACGGCAAUUGUGGUUCUCUCGAUAAGAUUGUACAGCUCUGCAAUCCUCGACAGCUCCCGCUCCUGGUCAUACGCAAACUUCUGUAUCUGAUGCUUUCUGGACUCACCUACCUCUAUACUACACAUAAGAUCAUUCACCGUGACAUCAAGCCUCUGAAUGUGUUGAUGAACCACCGUGGAGAAUUCAAGCUAUGUGACUUUGGUGUACUGCGUGAGCUAACUAAUUCCUUGGCCAUGGCUGACACUUUCGUGGGAACAUCCACUUACAUGUCUCCAGAAAGAAUCCAGGGCCUCACAUAUGGCGUAAAAUCCGAUGUAUGGUCCAUGGGGCUAAUGCUUCUUGAGUUGGCCCUGGGAUACUCGGUGUGGAGUGACACCCACGAGGAUGAUCCGAACUUCAAUGACGAAGACAGAGAGAAAACCAAGUCGGCUGGCCCGGAAGGUAUCUUAGAUCUCUUGCAGCGAAUCGUCAAUGAGGACUCGCCAACCCUCACUGGUAGAAUUAACAGGUAUACCAAAAAACCAUACAACGCUGAGCUCUGUGAAUUCAUCGACGCCUGUCUUGUGAAGUCGGAUAGUGCUCGAAAAUCUCCGCAAGAGCUUUUAGCUUUUGAUCUUCUCAAGAAUGUUGGACUGGGAAGCUACGAUAAGGAAGUGAAGACUUGGGCCAAAAUGAUUCGAAAAUUACACAAAGAACGAAAUGAGGCCGACUCCAACUCCGCGGAGUAG